AGAGAGAGAGAGAGAGAGAGAGAGAGAUCAUGAAUUUGCGCAGCGCCGUGACAAAAGUUUCCCGUCAUCCCAAGACAGUGCGGCGGUAAACAGUAAACACGCCCAGCUGACACACGCAACUAUGGGGAGCCACCCUAAAGAUGUGGAGAUCACCGAUGAACACCCCAAGAGUCUCCUGCUGCAGAAACAUGCGGACUACAUCCUCAGCUACACCAAGAAGAAGGAGGACUAUGAGUACACCAUGACCGAACACUUCCGCAUGUCUGGGAUGUACUGGGGCCUCACCGCCAUGGACAUCCUGAGCCAGCUGGACAAGAUGAGCCGCACAGAGGUGGUUGAGUUCAUCCGCCAGUGUCAGGACGCAGAGUCAGGUGGCUUCUCCCCGAGUCUGGGCCAUGACCCCCACCUUCUCUUCACCCUCAGUGCUGUGCAGAUCCUGGUGAUGCUGGAGGCCACGGAGGAGGUGAGCGUGGAGGGCGUGGUGCGGUACGUCAGCAGCCUGCAGAAUGAGGACGGCUCCUUCUCAGGUGACAAGUGGGGGGAGGUGGACACACGCUUCUCCUUCUGUGCCGUGGCCUGUCUGGCGCUGCUGAAGCGACUGGAAUCCCUGAACCUGGACAAAGCCGUGGAGUUUGUGAUGCGCUGCCAAAAUGUGGACGGAGGCUUUGGCACACGGCCCGGCUCAGAGAGUCAUGCUGGCCAGAUUUACUGCUGUCUGGGGCUGCUCUCCAUUGCAGGCCAGCUGCACCAAGUGAAUGGGGACCUACUGGGGUGGUGGCUCUGUGAACGGCAGCUGCCCUCUGGUGGUCUCAACGGGCGGCCGGAGAAGCUGCCUGACGUGUGCUACUCCUGGUGGGUGCUGGCAUCCCUCAGCAUGCUGGGCCGCCUCCACUGGAUCAACUCUGCCAAGAUGCGCCUCUUCAUCAUGGCCACACAGGAUCCCGAGACUGGAGGCUUCACAGACCGGCCAGGAGACAUGGUUGACCUCUACCACACACUCUUUGGUCUGGCCGGGUUGUCGCUGCUGGGGGAGACGGGCCUCAAGGAAAUCAACCCUGUGUUCUGCAUGCCCCAGUACAUCAUGACACGGCUUGGAAUCUCAGUGCAAAUUGUAUCGCCGUGAAGGAGGGUGUUCUAACCUGCUUGUGGUAUCUACAUAGCAUAUACUGUACACUGUGAUUGGGGGCUGAGGAGUGUUUUGUACAGAACGUUCUUGAUUUGUACAAGGAUAUGUUAUGAAUGAGUGCCUAAUGUGGGUUUGCAUUUGAUUAUAUGUGAAAUGAGAGGAAUUUAUCAAACAGUUUGGCUAAAUUAUCUCAUUGGGAUUUCUGGUAAAUGCUGGUAUGUAAAAUUUUGUAUAUACGAGUAUUUUGAAUUAUAUUUAUUGAUUAGGGGAACAAAUAUUUAAAAUUUGCAAAUUCUAACCUUGUAUAAAUCAAGAAACUGCUGUCAUGUUAGGCAAUUUUUUUGUGGGAGUUAAUUUUGUUUCAAUUUGUUAUAAGAAAAUUUUUGUUACAUAUUUUUCCAUGUUUGUAACUUUUAAUAGAACAACUUCAAGACUUCAUACAAAUUCUGGUGGUAUUUCUAUCAUUUAGUAAGUUGUAAAAAUUACUGGAUUAUUCAUUUAAUACACAUAGGUAGAAAGUAUGUAGUUUUCCUCAACAUUCACAAAGCCUUGAAACAACUCUGGCCAGGGUCUAAUAAAACCAGCCAGACACAUAUGAUUGUACUGAAUGCAAGUUUGAAUGGUGCAUAAAUGGAUGCAUGGCACACA